GGCUAGAAGGAGCGUCGGAGCGGCGGGUUUGUUCUCGCUGUCCCCGCGGACGUGCGCUUCUGCGCGGUGCUAGGAGGACCUGGAGCCUCGGCGGCCAGUGCCUGCGGGAGAAGAUGGCGCUCUCCACCACGGUCUCCCAGAGUCAGCGGGUGAAGCGGAAGGCUCCCCGCGGCUUUCUUAAGCGCGUCCUCAAGCGACAGAAGCCUCACCUUCGUCUGGAGACAAAUUGCGACUUACUGGUGCACCUGAACUGUUUACUGUUUAUUCGUCGAUUAGCAGAAGAGGCCAGGACAGAUGCUUGUAAGAAUAAGUGUGGAAUCAUUAAAGACCAGCAUGUACUGGCUGCAGCAAAGGUAAUGCUAAAGAAGAGCAGAGGUUAGAAGUCAAAGAACACAUUUUUGAAAAUUAUAUGAUCAAUUUUUUUAUUUAGGUGGUAACAGAUUGUGAAAGCACUUUUUGCAUAUGUUAAUAUUGUGUAUUAUUAAAGUAUUGGCUGCUUGAGGGAUGUGUGCAUUUGUAUAUUUUUUUACUGGUAUUGAAAUAUCUCAAGUACACUUAGAACUAUAUAACUUUAUUUUUGAGGAAUUAUGUUUCAUUCAUUUUAAACGA